UGGGCUUGGGUGUGGGGGGGGGAUUCCCCUUUCACUCUCCUGGGCGUUUUUCAAUACUAUUGUUGUUGUUUGUGUUUUCAAUACUGUUGUUGUUGGUUUUGUUUGUUUUUCUUCCUGCUUUAUUGGUUGGGCUUCUUCCCUGUCCCCUGGCAAUAGAGAAGGGUUUGGAGUGGUCUGCCCAGCUGGGUGGGGAUCGGGAUUUGGCCUUGGUGGGGGUGGUUCCCUCAGGCUGAGGUGGGGAAUUAUUUUGUGGUGCACAUUGGCCUUAUUGGGUUGGUGUGGCUUUGGGGUUUUUUUCCUGCCUUCCUGCAAGGUGUGUGUGUGCUGGCUGUUAGUUCUUUGGUUGACUGGCUGUCUGCUUGCAGUGAGUCAUGCCUAGGAAGGCCAAGGGGAAGAAGGGGGGGAAGACCCAUCAGACAGCCUAAGAGACCAGCUGCUCCUCCUCCGUCUUCCUCCGAGGAUGAAGACGAAGAAAUGGGUGUUAUCAGGGCCCUGAUAGGGCGGAUGGAGGCGUUAGAACGGGCCAGGGCUGUGCCAUUGGAUCCCGGGGCCGGCCCGUCUGGUGGCGGGGGCGUUCCACCCCCCAAGGUCCCUCGCAGGACUGGGGGGGCUACUAGAACCCAGUUAUUGAAAUCUAUUUCCAGUAGGUUGGAGGCCCUGGAGAAGGCAGGGGCUCCUGCUGGACCUGAUGCUCCAUCUGAACCUGCUGCUCCAUCGCUGCCAUCGCCAGAUCCGCCUGGGCAGCCAGCUCCUGCUCGACCCCCGGACCCAGUUCCUGCACUGCCUGGACCUGUUUUACUUCAGCCUGUGGCGCCGGUGGAGCAACCCCCGCUGGAUCCGUCUCUCCCUGUGGCCCUGGGUAGACAGAUUCAGGGCGUUAGCUCCCGAGGCUGCGACGCUCCCGGACCCCAUGCCGGAAGUCCUGUGGCAGCUUGGCAGUUGGAAGCCCAGCAGGCCAUAGCAGCGUCGUUAGUGCCUAGUACCAGGGUGAGUUACGCGGCCAAGAUAGCAGCUUUUGCCCAAUUCCGGAUGGCUGAAGGUUUGGCAGAGUCUUGGCCUGCCCCGGGUGGUCACCUGCAGCAGUUUUUAGUUUUGCUACACAGGGCGGGGCGAUCUGGGUCCACCUUGGGUGGUUACUUGGCGGCCUUGUCUUUCGAGGCUCAGGUGAGGGGGGUCGGUGAUACCUCAUCCAAUCCGCGUAUCAGGUGCAUGUUGGAGGGAUGGGCCAGGAUAUCUCCGGCUCCGAGUGACAGCAGGCGCCCGAUUACGCUGGAUAUGUUGGUUUCUAUGGUGGGUCGCCUGGACGGCUGUUGUUCCAUCCCCUGGGAGGUUUCCCUCUUUAGGGCAGCGCUUUUGGUUGCCUUUUUUGGCGCAUUUCGCCCCUCUGAGUUGCUGCCGCGCAGCAGUCGUUCCCCGCGGGAUUGCUGUCUCCAGCUUUCCGAUUUAACAUUUGCGGCGGGUACAGCUGUUCUGUGCCUCCGCCGCUCUAAGACGGAUCAGAGGGGCAAGGGUCAAUUGGUCACUUUGGCUGGGGCCACGGGUUCUGCGCUCUGCCCGGUGGCAGCCCUUAAGCAUUACAUUGGUCUCUGUCCUCGGCCCGGGGGAUGUUUGUUCCUUCAUGAGAGCGGCUGCCCAUUAACGCAAUAUCAGUUUUUGACGGUGAUCAGGAAGGUCCUUGGGGGAGCCGGGAUCCCCACAGCUGGGCUCACCCUUCAUUCCUUCCGUAUAGGAGCUGCCUCUACUGCCUCAGGGAUGGGCAUGACCGAGGACGCCGUGCGGCGGAUUGGGCGUUGGAGGUGCUGGUGGAGCGGCUGCUCCGGUCCGGAUCCUGGUGUGUGGCCAUUUGCUGGUCUUUUGGGCCUUUCGGCGGGCCAGCACCUCGUAGUGGGGCACACAGCUAGGUUUCGGCCGGAGGGCCUCUAUAUAUUGGUUGGGCAUGCGUGGCAUGCAGUGGGGCCAGUUGCUCCCCGCGGUUAGGAGCCAUUUAGACAGUCUUCCUGGCCCGCAAGUGGUAAUUUUAAAUUUAGGAGAGAACGACUUGGGCCGGCGAACUGGCCUCUCAAUUAUUUGGCAAGCCGCAUCCGAUUUUGAGGUUCUUAGGAAUUGGAUUCCGGGAGUAUGCAUCCUUUGGGUUAACUGGCUCCAGCGUGGAGUAUGGAGGGGGGUGUCUUCGCGUCUUGGGGUUGAGAAAGCUCGUCGUAAGGCUUCAGCGGCCAUAGGCCAUAUGGUUAGAGCGGCUGGAGGUGAGGUCAUACUCCAGCCGGGGAUAGCGGCCCGCCUUCCUCAGCUGUAUCGUCCAGAUGGGGUUCAUUUGUCCGAGGUCAGGUGCGAUUUGUACCUGGGCAACAUUUGGAGGGGGCUUGCCGAGUUUUUGGAGUUUUAUGGGGCAGGGAGGUCAAGCGUGGGCUAACCUCCCUGUGUGGCAGUAGCAGUGCGGGCUAAGGGGAAAUUGAGGUUAGAUCUCGGUGAGCACCCUUGGGUAUUCUAAGGUUGAUCACUCCUUUGUUGCCUGUGCGGCACGGGGAGAAUGAUUGCCAAGAAAACCAGCUUCAGGACUUCACCAACCUUUGGGCUCUGCGGUCCGGGGUGGUUGAAGUCCAUGAGGUAUCCAGAUCACUUCCUGAAAAGGGGGUGGUUGGCUGUGAAGGAAUGGGGCGGGUCAUUCCUGCCCUAUUUCCUGAGCCAGGGUGUGUCGUCCAUGCAGGCUAUGUGCAGGGCUAUGUGUCCUUGCUCAUGCCUAGGAGCCCGCACUGUUGUUUAGCGGCGAUUAAUCACCUAAAGUUCCAGUUCGCCAUGUUGUAAUUUUAAUAAAGUUGUGGCCCUUUGCACCAUAUAUAUGUCUCCGUGUCUUCUUGGGCUAGGAUCUGGUAACAAUCCCCCUCCCCUCUGCCUCGUGCUGGGGGAGGGAGUUUGUUCCAGCCCUGCACGGGCCCAAGAAGCAGCCUGAUUGGCUGCUUAGCAUGAGGGGGGCGUGGUUUCGGCCGGAAAUCGGCUGAUCCAUGCUCCAAGCCAGCAGUCUGUUUGCAGAUCUUUCCCUCCCCCCCAUCCCUGUUGCAGAGCGGGCCUAGCGGCUGGUCGCCUUUGGGGCCAAGUAGGAAUUUUUUGCUCCCAACGUAUUGGCCACUGUUGGGGUUUUUUUCGCCUACUUCGUUCUGUUAUCAGGUUUGUUUAGUUAGGUCGGUCACAACAGCAGUAGCAGUGCGGGCUAAGGGGAAAUUGAGGUUAGAUCUCGGUGAGCAACCUUGGGUAUUCUAAGGCUGAUUGGUUAAUCGCUCCUUUGUUGCCUGUGCGGCACGGGGAGAAUGAUUGCCAAGAAAACCAGCUUCAGGACUUCACCAACCUUUGGGCUCUGCGGUCUGGGGUAGUUGAAGUCCCUGAGGUAUCCAGAUCACUUCCUGAAAAGGGGGUGGUUGGCUGUGAAGGAAUGGGGUGGGUCAUUCCUGCCCUAUUUCCUGAGCCAGGGUGUGUCGCCCAUGCAGGCUAUGUGCAGGGCUGUGUGUCCUUGCUCAUGCCUAGGAGCCCGCACUGUUGUUUAGCGGCGAUUAAUCACCUAAAGUUCCAGUUCGCCAUGUUGUAAUUUUAAUAAAGUUGUGGCCCUUUGCACCAUAUAUAU